AUGACCUCGUCCUCCUCCACCGCCGCACUCCGGUCCGCCCUACCAGUCCUCACCACCUGCUCCAUCUCGGCCUGCGCCAACGCUCUUUUACUCCGUGACAGCCAUCCGCUGAACAUCCACACGGCUGCCAUCGUCGCCAGAAGAACGACUCGCUUUCCCACCACAACAAUUCCAAACACAGCCCUCCAGCAGGCCCUCCAGCAGCUUUGCGAUCGACAUCGGACCACCCGCACUCGCCGCCCCUGCGCCUCCACCGUCACUCCCUAUCAUCCACCAAACAUCAACACAACAACAGCAACAACAACAACACAUUCAUUUAUCACUACUGCUACUAUUCAUCAGCAAGCGAGAUAUCUAGGGCCAAUUCUUAGCCAAUUUCGACGGGAGGAGAACUCCCUCGUCAUGGCACACAUAGUAUCACCCCAGAGCAGCUUUGGUCAGGUCGCAAUGCAGUCCGCCCCCCUCCCCCGCCGAACUUCUUCUCUGCGAUCUCGCGCUCGCCGUGGGAAAAGUACAGAUGAAACCGAACCUCAACAUGUACCGGACGAAGCCAUUGCCACAGCUCUCGCCCAUUCCGACGACCUGACUGAGAACCGCUCUACACGGUCAGCUUCCACAGCGUCCCGGACCACACAUCGUCUUUCCCUAACGCUUCCGAUCGCGCCGCCGAACCCUAAUCCCUCGCGACCCAUACCGACCUCGACGACCACCGCCUCCUUUCCACCAACCCCUUUAGAUACCCCAGCACUCACGUCGCCCGCCGAUUCCAAUGACUUCAUUACCGCCAUUGCAGCGCAAGAGCGCCGUGUUCUCGAGCUCCGCGAAGAGCUUUCUCGUGCCGAGUCGGACUUGGCCAAGCUGAAAAAGCAGUGGGCAACCCAUGAAGCAUACAAGAAACGAGGCGAAAGGCCGUUGCGUUCCGUCGGCUUGGUCCCAACUUUCCAAGAUGACGAGGCAACAAAAAGGGUCGUGGAACUAGACAGGAGGAAAGCGCUGCUACAAAGCCUACAGAACCAAAAUCAACCACUUCCCGAGAACGGGCGCCGUCGUGUAUUCCAAGGAGGACAUGCACGCACACUAUCAUUGCUGUCACCAACAAAACCGAGUAGUGAUUUCCCUGGACGCGGUGAUGGAUCCGAAAAUAGUCGCAAUGUUGCUUUCAGCCCAUCACAUCGGCCAAAACAUCAAUCUUGGGCCCCCCAAACCGCAUCACAAACUGUUGGGGUCAAAGGGAUUGCCCAGGACCUCAGGAUGGGAUUGUGGACUUUCAUGGAGGAUCUGAGGCAAGCUACCGUAGGAGACGAACCCAUCACCGGACAGGGCAUGUACAUGAGAGGCGCGGACGGCAAGUUGAUCAUGACGCCUAUGCCGAACGGCGGCACGGCCUCUUCCCCCAGCCGCACGGGAGGGCAAGAUGGAUUCAAGGCAUCCGGUUUGAACACCCCGAGGAACCGAUCUUCAACAGCAUUCGACUGGGCACCCGCCGCGGCCACAUCACGGUCCACCAGCCCUCAAAAGGAAGCUCAGGAUUCGACGGCCGAUGAGGCGCUGAAAUCUCCUUCGCGACCAGCCCCAGCACUGAUGCGAUCCAAAACAGAUUCAACCAAGUCAUCUAAGCGAUUUUCUUGGACUCCCCUGACGAUGGAUUCGGUGGACGAUAACGACUGGUCAAACUGGGAAACUGCAGGAGUUGCAACAUCCACGAGAUGGAGUGGAACUACCGUGAACGGCGACAUCAUCCCAUCAACAACCUCCGAAAAGCGAACCGAGAACGACACAUCUCUUUCGAGCAAGCAACGCGUUGCGGCCGCCUCCAGCCGCUCUCCUGCACCGGUGAUUACGUCGACCAAUACCAUGCUUGAGGAUCUCUUCCCGCCCGUCCUCACCAAAUUCACACCGAGCAACUUGAAAAAAACGGCCGAUUAUUACAUGAAGGAAUGGGAGAAGAGUUUGGCGCCGCCAGAGAUGCACAAGCAGCCUCAGCCUGCCUAUCAUACCAUUGGUACCAAGAAUAUGGGGACAUAA